GUUCAGUUCGCAGAGCCGCAAACAACAGAUCAAGUCUGAUUUCUGAUUUGAGUGCCAAAUGAUAAAAAUGAUAAUAAUGAGGAAAUAUAUAGAACUUUUCGUUUUUUUGUUGAUUCUAAAAACGAGCUUAUGUUUACGCCGUGGAUAUGGUGUACUGGUUGUUGCAGAGGAAGAGGAUGUUAUAUUGCUGGACUCGCUGAUCUACGACCAGCCAAAUAAGUUGGAUGAAAUUAAGACAAAUAGUGUGAAUAUCUUGGAGUUAGACCAACUAAGAAAGAACCUGAUUGAAGAAGAGAAGCAGCUCAAGGACUGUGAGAGGAAAUUCGAGAAUCAUAUCUCUCCAGGAUUCUGGAAUACAAUGAAGAAAAUCAUAGGGCCAAAACUGGAGGAGAAACUAAAAUGUUUGCGUACAAAUAAUGUGGAAGCCAACGCGAAAACCACGAGUGCUAAAAAUGAGGAAACCAAUAAAACCAGCUCAUGGGAUACCAUUAUGAAUAACUGGAUGGAUAUUCCUCGCCAGAUAAUCGUUUAUUUUUCAGAGAACUGA